AGUACCACAGGUGUGUGUGUGUGUAGGUUGAAGAUCUGUCUCUUUUUUCUUUGCUUUCUGUCGAGACCAUCGUUUUCGGACUCCAAGACCAGCUGGGCGUGCAGCAGACCUGCAUCCGCUUAGUUUGGGGGAACAUCAUCGUGAACAAGGACAGGGCCUGCCACAUCCUCGACUACCUGGUGCACAAGCUCACCAAAAGCGACAACCAGGAGCUGAAAGAUGUGCUCAACAAGGCGAAUGAGUACCACAAGGACACCUCCUGGAAGUUCUGCUUGAAGGACACCUGCUACAUCACGCACGACGUGAUCCGCAUGACCUUCAACGACAGCGUCACCUCGCCGCCCCUCAUCAGGCCUGAGGAGCGGCCCUUGAAGCCCAUCAAGAUCUACGAGAUUCGGCCCCGCGCAGACGCCAAGCCGGAGCUUGAGCAGCUCCCUGAUGAGUUUAGUCGUGCCGAGUGGGUCCAGUUCACCUCCAUCAGGAUGCCGGGAGGCAUCACCAUCACGGAGUGGAAGGCGCCGGAGUUCAAGGGCGAGCAGCGCGUGGCGCCCAGGUUCCCCGCCCAAGGGGACGGCUUCAAUGGCGCCGCGGGAGCGCGCAUGGGCGGCAAGGUCCAUAUGCGGACCCGCGGCGGCAGCGACGACAACAACAAGCGAAGCGGAGGCCCGCGGCCGCUGAAGCAGGAGGUCAAUGAAAACAAGACGCGCUACUUCUAUGGCACCAUCCAGGAGUUCAAAGACAACUUGGCCUUGAAGCUCGGGGAUACUGGCACCUUCCAGGAGUUCAACGACCAGAAGCGGGUGACUUGGACGGCCAGCGCGGAGCUCGGCACGAAGAUCGAGUUCAGGGAGAUCAACAAACAAGUGACGAUCACUGGCAAGGAGGGCUCGGUGCGGCACAUGCUCUCCACCAUGGGCUUCUUGAGCUACGAGCCACCCGCAGGCUACGCCGCCUCUGAGACCGGGAGCCGGGCGCGGACCAGCGUCGCAGGCUCUAAGGCGCCCAGCAAGGUCUUCGAGAGCAACACCCGGGCGAAGCCCUCGAGCAUCGCGGCGCUCAGCGCGGUGAAAGAGGCGCCAAGGAGCAAUCGGCCCAGCGCCUUGAUGGAGGUUCCUUACGAGCGCGAAGUCUGCGACGAGCUGCUAGAAGUUUACGAAAGCGAGCUGGUGCUGCGUCUGGGGGAUAUCGUCGACGUCACUGAGGACCCGCACAUGGAGUCCGACAACCUCGAGCGAUGGGUCUUCGGCAAAAACCGCAACACCGGGGAGCAGGGAUGGUUCAGCUUAGCCUUCACCCGCGCCGUUGGCCAGGGAGCCUGAGCGCACCGCCGAGUUUUCGAAACGCGGCAUCGCGUGCGCGCGUCUCCGCCCGCGGAAAACUGGCCGGUAGAGACUGGCCGGCGAGCAGCUGGCCGAAAAACAAUCAGCCCAAGAACCGGUCAGAGAUUGCCAUGGGCUUACGUCCCACUUUCUUGCCCCAAGCCAAUCGACCCAACAUUU